AUUAAUACAUGCUGUCAGAUUCUGAGGAAGGAAAGCGAAAAAUGACAUAAUUUAUGUUGCACUUUGCCUGUUGAGGAGUCUGAGAGUUGCUGUGUUUGCAAGAUAACAUAAUGUGAAGUGGAGAAGGGAGCGAGCAUUGAAUGAAGAUGUAUUCUGAGUGGGCCUCCCUAGAGCAGGAGAUACAGUGUGACACAGCCAAUCAGAGUGUUCUUCACAAGUUCCCCGCACAAGUAGGCAGGGAUGUGGCCUGUGCUGUGGUCAAGCCCAUUGCCCAGAAUCUCAGCAUUGCAGUCAGCAAUUCUGAGCAGAGCAAUCUUAAUAACACCAAAGAUGUCCGAUGGGUUAUGGAGGUGUUGUGUUUUGGCCUGAGUUUACCACUGGAGGAACAUGAGAGUAUCAGGGACUGUGUGAAUGUGUACUGUGAGUGGUUAUCUGCCCUUGCCAGCCCCAAACCUUGUGUCCCCAAGCCAGUACUGGAAGAUCCUAACCCAUUUGCUCAGGUCAUAGUUCAGCACCUCCUCAACUUGUUUGUGCCAAGGCCUAAAGCCAGCAUUGAUCUGGUACGCCGCCAGGCAGUGUUGUGUCAUAGAGUUCUACGCACUAUUCAGAGUGUGGCCACAGAGUCUUCAAUCCUCACCAGAGAGACUUGGGAGACACUGCUCAAGUUCCUCCUAGCCGCCAAUGACAGUCUUCUGUCCCCACCCACAGAAAAAGAUGACGUUGGACUUAGCUCAUAUGACAUCGGUGACCACCUUUGUGAGCGCGUGCUCAGCGUGCUACUGGAGAUGUGGUUAUUGUGCUGUGCACGUUGUUUCCCGUCGCCGUCCCUGUGGAAGACUUUCCGUGUGAUGUGUAUAAACUGGCGUCACCACGAGGCCCUCGUGCUACAAUGGCACAGAGUCAACCAUGUGCUCACCUGUAGGCUGCUCAGGUUUAUGUAUGGGCCAGAUUACCCAGAACUACAGCUCUCUGAAGAAGAUGCCCAGCUGCUACCAGGGGAGAUCACCAAUGACUGUGUUGCCCAGAGUUGGUUUCGCUUCCUGCACAUCCUGCAGAACCCUGUGGACCUGUGUCACCCAGAGAUCAUCAGCCAGACACCAAAGUUCCUUCACAUGGCCCUGGCCAGUGAGACCGUGGUGGACCCCAGCCAGCACGAGUGUCUGCGUAAACUACCAUAUAUCUUCUACAAGGCCAUGCGGGGCAUCUCAGUGAUGGUCAAUGCAUUUCUAGGGAUAGCUCAGUGUGUGAAGGGAGAGAAUAUGCUGUCUCCAGCAAACAACAGGUCCCUUACUGCACCCUCCUCUCCCCCUGGUCAGAGAAAGUCUAAAGGGGCCUUUGCUGCCGUCACUGCCCCACUGACACAGAGAGUGUCAAGAUCCACCACCUCCGUGAAUACAAGCAGCGCCACCUCUAAGCUUCCAUCAGUGGCGCCAUCUAGCACACCAGGACAGCUGUCUCUUGAAGGGAGAGAACCCUUGGCUACCACUAGACCACACUGUAACAGUAUUCUUCAUUUGUUUGGAGCCUGGUUGUUUGAAGCUGCCUUGGCUGGGGUGAAACUACAUCCUUGUCAUGUCAACAAAGGUUCACAAGGCAGAAGAGCCAACUCGUUCACAGAGACUCGUCCAAGCUCAAUCACCCUGGAUGGUCUCCAGGAGAGACUGAAACACGCAGACAACACCUAUGAAGCUGGCAGAGCUGAGGCAUGUGGGGCCCUCUGCAGGAUAUUCUGUGCUCAUAAAACGGGGGAGGAAAUCCUGACAGUUUACUUAUCAAGAUUCUACAUCAUUAUGUAUUAUGGACUUCAAACAGAUGAAGAGAACAUCAGUGGUCAGGUGCUGUCUAACAUCCUGUUCAACUCGUGUGAUCUACUGCGUGUGGACCUGGUGGGGGUUCAAAUCUUGGUCCCGUACAUCCUCUCGGCACUGGAGCUUGUCCUCAGCGACCUCAACCCUAAGUUCAAGCCACAUGAUCAAAUCCCUGUGAUAGAGUUGAGGAAAGCUUGUAUUCACCUGUUACUAUCCAUGCUCUCAUUGCCACUCCACUUCAAAGAUCUUGAAAUCAAAGAUAUCGUUGGUUUCCCUGAUGAACUGCCCAUCAGUCAGUCCUUCAUAUCGUUAAAAGUCCGAAUGAUUGAACUCUUACUGAAGGCUCUGCUCAAAGAAACCGACUCCUCUAAUACUCAACUUCUACUAGGAGGGUUGAUGUUGGCCAUGCAGGACCUGGCACUGUGUGAAGAGGCUGACCAGACCACUCUCCAGCCUGCCCAUGAUGUACCUGUCACAGUGGACUCAGACUCACAUAUGGACUCCUUCCAUCAGGAGAGCCUCCAUUUUAGACAUUCUUCCCAAAGUUCUACGACAGCUAAGGAACUUGAUACAGCCCAUGGCCUCUUUGGUCAGGCCACCUCUCUGGUGUGUAACAGACUGAUGGCGUCAUGGAAAUCUGACCUGAAUACCGCCCUGGCUGCCAUGGAGGUCUUGUGCGGACUGGCCAAAGUCCACCUCAACUUCCCCAACACCCUCAUGUGUAAGCGAACAGUUAAGUGGAUCUGUGACUUCAUUGUGUACCAGUGUAGUCGCCCUGCCCCCAACCACUCGCGUGACCUUCACUCCAUGAUUGUGGCCGCUUUCAAGAGCCUGACCCUCUGGCUGGUAGAACACAAUGGGCUGCUGCAAGACAAGGAGUGUCUACACAAUGUGCUGGAGGUGGUGGAGCUGGGUAUCUCAGGCUCCAAGUCACAGCCAGGAACACCACUGAUAGCAUGUAAAAACCGUGUUGUCAACUCUGACUCUAAGCUCUAUGCUCAUUGGCAGCGCAAAGUUGGGGAAACUCAAACAGUUAGUCUUAAGCUGGAAAAAGAGUCCAAGUCUGCACAUAUGAAGAACCGAGCCAGUGAUCCUCCAAAAUUCAAGGGAGAUAAGCAGUUGAUGCCAGCUUCAAUGAGAGUGAAGGAUGCAGCUGAAGCCGUGUUAACAUGCAUCAUAGAUCAGGUGGGCGCGUUCCCUCCGCCAUGUGGGCCUGAGUCGCUUUUCUCCCUGCUGGAUGAGAAAGCCCUGCUGAAGUGUGCCCGUGGCAGCACAUCUGAGGACCAGCCCUCGCAGUUCCGCUACUUUGUCCUUGACAACUCCAUCAUCAUUGGCUUACUGGAACAGCCACUGGGAAAUGUGGAAGACCCCCUUCCGACAGUGACAGCUCUUAUACGAGGCCCAUUUGGGCGUCAUGCCUGGACCAUGCAGCUGAGGCACUCACCACGACUCAAAAAGGUGUCGUCCAAAGCCCACCUAUCUGACCCUGGGCGACCCCUGCCCAUGAACAAUGUAGGGGUGCAUCAUAACAUCAAACAGCGCUACUUCCCAGAGGUUGUGGAUAAAGUAGCACUUACAAAGGCAGACCUGAGCAUCCCCACGAUGAAGUCCCUGGUGACAGAGAAGGAUGCCGUAGAGCUGGACAAGCUGACAGGCUUCAUCCAGGCUCAGGAGAGGUUUGAGAACAAGAUCAAAGACCGGGUACAUCAGAAGAUGAGAAUCACACACUACCCCAACCGACAGACAGAAUGUAAACCCCCCAGCAUCUGCCACGAGUUCCAGACAGCCCGCCUCUUCCUCUCCCAUUAUGGAUUCUUGUCUCUGGAAGCUCUCAAGGAGCCGUCAAACAGCAGUGUUCCCCCAGCCUUGGUGAUGCUGGACACAACGAACACUGGGCUGUAUGCUGACCUAGAGACGUUGGAUGGUGUGCCCACACGGGACAUUGACACUGUUCACAUCUUCUAUGUCAAGACAGGACAGACAACAUCAGAGAAAAUCCUCAGAAAUGUGACUCGGAAGUCCCAUGUACAGCCUCAGUUCCUUGAGUUUGUCCACUCUCUAGGCUGGCCUGUGGAUGUGAAGAAACAUGCAGGCUGGACAGGUCAUGUCAGCACCAGCUGGAAAACACUUGAGCUGGAAGAUUUAGAAGAUGACGAAUGCCCGUCUGGAACUGGGGGUAGUGUGUACAAUGGACAGAGUAAGGUGCUGUAUUGGGCUGAUGUCUCUACUGAGGUAGCCUUUGUCAUCCCCUCUCCAGAGUCUUACCUUAUGAAGAGCUCCAGCUCAGAGUGUAAUGCAGACAAGUCCCCAGCGACAGCCCGUAAGACACCUGCCCCCGAGGCAACCCUGAUGAAGCCGCGCUUCCUCUCUCUAGACAUGGACAAGCCUCCGGGACCUGGACCCCUGCUGACCGAUAGCGCCUCGGUCAGGCUCAGAAAAACAGGCCGGAACUUCAGCCAACUGACUGGCCCGGACACUAAAGUCUUUGUGGUGUGGCUGGAGAGCUUUGAAGACUACGAGACCUUCCCAGCAGCUGACCUGGUAGGAGUGACGAGUACAGGACUUGACCAGCAGGGGACCUCAGGUGGUAUGGUCACUUACAGAGAAAAGGACCUGUUCAUCUUGUUUAUACACGCUUUACAGAAUGGUCUGUUCAGACUUCAGCUACAAGGCCACACAACAAAGAUGUCUAUGGCCAUCCCGCUGGUCAGUGGUAUGGUGGUCAGUAGGAGGAGCUUAGGGACACUGGUCCGGCAGACAGCCAUCAAUAUCUGCCGGAGAAAAACACUUGAGAGUGAACUAUAUCAACCACCACAUGUGAGGCGGAAAUUGAAGAUCCAAGAAAUUGUGAAGAAGUACCGGAGUAACGUGACAGAGCCAGAGUUUUACACAGCUUUGUUUCAAGAUGUAUCUGUAUAAUUCGGCCUACAUGUGCACUGUGUUUACACUGUACAUAUUACCAGUCCCCACUUCCACCCUCCCACACCACUCUCAUCUCUCAUCAGUAACUUCACAUCUCGCCCAAGCAUGAGCUUUUCACGUGCAGGUUUACUGUUACCAUUUACGAGGUUUCAAAUUGCCGACUUCUUGUAUAAGAGGUAACUAUUGUUUAGAUUGUGAACAUUGUGCAAUAUUACUUACAAAUCUAUAAAUAAACAUCUGGUUUAAUAGUGAUAGAUUCAUUUAACUGUAAACCUACUCACGUGAAUGGAAGCUUUAUAUAAAAAUAGUGUUGCUUAUUACGAUCAUAUUUGUCUGCAUGUGGUCCAUAUGCAGGUGCUACACUCUGUACAUGUCCUUGAUAGAUGUACUUGAUGACAUAUAAUAACUGUGACUGAUGUACUGAAGUACUUAUUUUAGUAUUUAAUAGCUCACCUGAUUUAACUGAUUAGCUAUAUUCAUAUGUACUGAGGAACGAAAAAAAGAGGGUGCAAAUUAAUCCAUGUUCAGGCCGGGUGUUGAACCUACAUGAAGGCCAAUGAUGCAACUCUUCAGUGGUAUUUAUCACUUCACUCAGUUCUCAUCUGUUCAAACAUACCGACGUGUCAAUCCCAAACUGUGAACGAAACAACUUUCUAAACAAACAUCCACCAAUGAGAAUAGUAAUGUAAGAGUAUCAUAGGCUGUUUGUUAACUACCUCCAAUUUUAUGGGCGGUCUGUUGGUUGAAGGGUCUUCACAGUUGACCGCAGCAGUUAGUUGCUGGAUUCAAAAGAGGCUGGUUCUAAACUCGGAGUGGACUCAGCCAGUUUUUAUCACUAAGUUUUGUGCUAUACCCAGAAAGUGUAAAUCACUAGUCAUAGCAGUAAAUACUGUUUCAUUUACACGUUCGAGCUAAUUGUGGCCCAUUCAGGUGUAGAACUUAACAGAUAUUAGUGGCGCAUAUGCUUAGUGCUUUGUCACAAACUGACUCUUAGGGCAGUGCUUGGUCCAGCUACUUUUAAAAGCUUGUUACUGCUGAAAAUGGUUUUGUUAAAACUAUCUGUAUGUACAUAAAUAAAUCUUGUGAGCCGAAUUAUAUUAUCAAAGAUAUAGCCCCUAAUGUGAAGUUAUGGGUUGCUAUGUAAUAGAAAACCAAGCAAGUCUGGAUGUAACCUGUAUUUAUGUCAACACUCAUCAGAUUCAGAACAAGGAUUUAAAAUAAAAGCAGUUUUUGUUGGCAUAGGUACAUCUUAUAGCUUUGUGAAGGAUGUUGUUCAGCAUUGUGCAGAUGUUGUUACUUUGUUCAUGUAUGAAUCUACCACAAUUGCCUUGCUAUUUAUUACAAAUAUACAAAAGCUGUUAUA